UAAAAUUAAUUUUCCUUCGUCACAAAAUCUUCGACAUCAGAGUCUUCGUACCACACUUUCAAAAUCGGCAUAUCCACAUCAGGAUUUCAAACAGCAACCAUCACGACACACUUCGAUAUUAUGGCCUCACUCCGAACUUCUACCAAUAAGAAAGGAAGGGGCAGGAAAUUUUCAAUUCAUGAAGACAUUAGGGUAAGUAGUAUUAAGCCUAACAGAGACAAGAUAUAUUAUGAAGCCGCGGCAUAUCAAUGCUAACCCCCCUUUUUUUUUACCACAGAAGCCACUCGCCAUCUUCAGCCAUAACAUAAAUCGCAACAAUUCCGGUACCGAGAAAAUACUAUCACAUAUCAGCGAUGAAUCCAAAAAAGCCAUCUCUGUCCUAAUCAAUAAACAUGAACAAACCAAGUCGGAACUAGAGAGCAAGAUAACCUCCGAAAAGAAAAUGAAAACAGAGGUAGAGGAACUGCGGGCUCAAGUACAAGAUCUCCACUGUACAAUCAAAGACGACCUAAAAAAAUUGGAAGAACUAAAUUCCAGAGUAGAAUUGGGUAUUCAAGAAUCCUCUACUUUGCCCGAUACACAGGAAGCUCUUCUCGAGAAUCUCAUUGCGAAGGAAGGCGUGAUUGAUCGGGAAUUAUUCAAUCUUCGAGAUGAUAAAGUCCAAACGAGAGCUGAGCUAUGGUUUGCCAUGAUGGGGAAAGUGGACGAGUCAAUGGAGCAUCCUGAUCAAGCUAGUCGAGACAGAAACCUAUUGAUGCGCAAGGAAAUGUAUAUUAGGACUAAACGCUCCAUUGCGCAGGAUACAAAAGCUCAGCUUCUACUAGCCAAAGAAGUAAGCAUGAGGUCUUCAUAUUUUGUAAAAUAUACUAAUCACAUGCACCGUGCUGUAGGAUAUACAAAAGCAGAAACUCGAGAUCUCGAAGGAUGAUCACGUUGAAGGCUAUGCUCCACUUCGACCCGCCUCUUCAAUCUCACAGGAUAGUGAUGAAGGUUCGAUUGUACCAGAUAGUCAUCUGGAAGAGUAUCCUGUCGAAAAUAGCAUACAGCAUCAGGAUACCUCCUGGGUUAUGGAAAAUGGAGAGGAAUCCUCCAAUGUACUAGACCAUCCGUUUGGACAACAAAACCAAACAGAGGAAGACAAUGACUUCGCAGCAAUUGAAGAAGGAAACCAGACAGAGGAAUAUAAUGACUUCUCACCAAUCGAAGAGAAUAGACGCCUCAAACUAGAACUCCAGACCACAGAGGAAAAAAUUCGAAAAUGGGAAGGCAAAUUUGAUCGCUUCCGGUUUGGCACAAAAGCAACCAUUGAAAGGCUUGCUUCUGAAGUAUCUACUGGUCAAGAAACACUCAGAGAGUAUAAGGCCGCUUUGAAUGAAUCUUAUGACACGCGCGGACAACUAGUACACAGUUUGGCUAAGGCAGAGAAAGAUAGAGCUCAUCUUUUUGUUGUGGCCGAAGAGAUAGGACUUCCGAUUUUAGCAAGAAGCGCCGAAAACAUGAAAAGAGUCAAGCGUGAUGGUAUUUACACAUCGCUGGACAACAGCCACCUUCGAUUCAACGAGGACAUUGUUCGUGCUGGGAAUCUCGCCACAACUGGAGGUCAUAUCAAUGCACACUUUGCCUCAAUCGCCCUAUCUGCGAAAGGGGUUGUGAGUAGCCCAGUCAUCAGUCACGAAAUGUUUCGCAACAUGUAUGGAGUCUCUGUUGGUGAAUACCGUCACUUUUACAAGGUAUCGGAAAGACUCGAUGAGAUUUUUGACAUGCAUGCGAUUCUCGUGGAAUGUGGUUCCUUUACUGAAAAGACACUUUCCAAGGCUCGCGACGCACUAUUUCGUAAUCAAUUUUCUCAAUGCUUGAUUGAAUUCGAAGCAAUCGAUGCACCUACCACCGUGGACAAAGGUAAAAUUUUCGACGCUGAGGUUAGGUCAAACCAAUUCGAAAUGUUCAAUGAAAUGAUCAGGAUUGUACAGGAGAUGAAAAAUCUGCAAAGGGACGUCAUGCACUAAUAUGUCCAUAGGCGAAUCGGAUCCUGACCGAAACAGUCUGCAUGAUUAUAGGAUCUAUGGAGUUAUAUCUAAGAACUCUUAAUGCGCUUGUUUUAAGAGCAAAUGGCUUUUUUGUCUGGUAUUCAUUUUGUGUCUGGGUUUAAUUAGUUUUUGUC